AUGGAGAAGGUUGUACUCGUGGCAUGGAUAUUAGUACUUAGCGUAUGGACUACACCGGUUCUCUCCAAAUACUACUCCGAAAGCCGGCCGUAUGAGUCAGUUCAGGAAAAGAGAACUCAUCUUCGCUUCUACGUUCAUGACAUUCUAAGUGGAAACAAACCAAGUGCAGUGCAGAUAGCUGGUCCGAACACCACUAAAAAAGAGGACGGGCCGACACCUUUUGGCUCCACAUUCGCCAUUAAUGAUCUACUCACGGAAGGGCCUGAGAUAACCUCAAAAGUCAUUGGCAAUGCACGAGGAAUAUACGUCUCAUCGAGCCAGGACAAGGACUUGACUUUGGUCUUGUAUAUUGAUCUUGGUUUUACAAGUGGGAAGUUUAAAGGGAGUUCACUCAAUAAUGACUAUCAGUGGACGGUUUGGAAUUAUGUUUUGACCAUAGUGAGGAAGUUUGCUAAGGUUUCAUGA